GCAAAAAUGUCAAAUCGUUCUAUCGUCGAAUAUUUUGCUGGACAUGAGGGUUACAGAUGCGGAUACUGUGGCAAAACGGAUACCAACUAUUCACAUGGUAUGUGGGCUCACAGUAUGACAGUCCAAGACUACCAAGACCUUAUAGACAGGGGAUGGAGAAGGAGUGGUAAAUACUGCUAUAAACCUACAAUGGACAUAACAUGUUGUCCUCACUAUACCAUAAGAUGCAAAACUUUAGAGUUCAGUGCUACUAAAUCGCAGAAAAAAACCAUAAAACGUUUCAACAGCUACCUUAACACUGGUCAGAGAAGAGGAGAAAGGAUUACUGAGAGAGGGAGUGAUGAAAAUAGUACAAAAGCAACAGGAAAAGAAGAGGUACAGAUCCAGCUUCCCCAGGCCUCCUCAGGUGAUCUGUCUCUAAAGUCGGAUGACCCAAAGAAUGCUGGGAAGACUCUGUCCUCCU